GACAAGGCGCUCGUAUACAAAUAAUUAGAACAGAAAAUCUCGAAGAGGGGAAGGGUUAAUUAUAAAAGGGGACAUCGCGUCAGGUCGUUAAAAUCGCGUCAUAGACUAGACGACAAUGGUUACCGAUGAGCGCAACGAGUUCAAAGUCCCAUCUACACCUUCCAUCCAGAGUUCACGGAUGGUGUCGGGUAAAUUUCCCGAAGCUAACCUUCUCGGGACCCGAACAGGUCUAGUCUUUCGCUUAGGUACAAACGUGGAACCAGUCAGGAUGGACAGAAAGGAGAGAUCGGACAUUGAUGUAAUCCCCGAUCGUGAAGGACACGACGCACUCGGCGAGUCAACACAAAGGAGUGAAAAUCGGAAGCGCUGUGUCAAUACACUGACGACGAAUCUUUUCGUCUUUGUGCCGAUACCGAGCCGUGCCGACGCCGACCAACGGAGUCUCACGAACUGUUUAAUUAACAACACUGCCCCGCAGCCACCUAUGCAACAAACAACUAAAAGAGCAUCGACGCUAUCCACUUCCAACCAGCCGAUUGUGUUUAGAAAAUAUUUGUUUCUUAGUAUAACGUUAAGUGACUGUCGGAUGGCCGAGAAGUCAAAGUGGCAGCCUACCACUCUGGGAGACCCGGAUCGAAUCGAGACGGAUCGAAAAAUCCCCAGGGCCCUUAGUCUCGAGUUUUUCGUGUUACAACUCCCAACGUGUUGAAGUGUCACGUGGUACCAUCUCACACUCUGACGUCAAAUCGGUAGUCUCCAGUUAUAACUCACGUGCUUUCCCAUCUCACCAUGCGAGUUGCUACUCACGUUGAGUCGAGCAUGUGAGAUCGCUACACGAAAGUGAAAAUGGCUGACAAAUACGCUAUUCUGAUGGCAAUCGA